AUGGCUGUUAACAACGAUACAAUAUUCAAUUCAAUUCAUCAACUAGAAACUCUUAUAUUCCAUGAUGAUAUAUUUAAUAAAAUUGAGUCUCAUCCAUUAAUGAAUCUUCGUGAUCAAUUGCAAAAGAUUGAUGGUGAAUCUGAAUUAAGAACAAUCGAUGAAAUCAAGCAACUUAUAUCUAGUCUAAAUUAUUUUGAAAUAAAUUGUGUUUGUCAUUUUAUUAAGCAAUAUUUUUCAAUAAUUCCAUCUACUGUCUUAGAAGCUCUAUUCGAUACAAGUCGUCUUCAAAUCUAUCUAAAUAUGGUAAUAUAUCCAUCGAUAUGUGAUUAUUAUUUUGAUUUAUCACUUACUUAUUUAAUUUCUGAUUCAACAAUUAAUUAUCUUAUUGAGGAAAAAAUUAGUCCAUCAAAUAUAGAUGAAUAUUUUCUUGUUUUAUUUUCUUCGAUUGGUUCACGAGCAACUUAUACAAAGGCAAAAGUUUCUUAUUCAGUGUGUAUUUCACGUAAAAAUAUUCCAACAUUUUUUCAAUUAAAUCAUUCAACAGAACGACUUUUAAGAGCUUUUAUAACUUAUUUAAAUAAUUGUUUUUUAAAUAAUGAUCGACAACGUCCAAGUUUUUCAUCGAUUUUGAAAUGGAUUAAUAAUAUUACAAAUAUCUAUGGAUUUAUUCCUUAUUUUCUUAUGACGGGUUAUCCAGAUGCAAUUUUACAAUGGAUGUCAAUUGAACAAGAUCAUAUAAAAGAUAUUGAUAGUGAAUCAUGGGCAUGCAUAUUUGGUUUAUCAUAUAAUCUAGCACGACAUCCAAUGGCCGUGGAAGCAUUUAAUAAACUAAAAAUGAUUGAUAUUAUCAAACGAUGGAAAGACCAAUAUAUAUUCGAAUCACCAGCUGUAGAUUAUGAUGAAAACAACAAAGAGAUUCUUAUUACUUACUAUCUUCUUUAUGCAAUAUUAUUGGAACCAAAGCAAUUGAAAAAAGAAAGUAUUUCUAAUGUUGAAAAAAUUCUUGAUUAUAUUCUUGAACGAACAAUCCAAGCAUUUAAUUCUGAUUAUCUUUCCUAUGGUUCAUUUAAUGUUUGUGAAUAUUUAAAUGGACUUGCUAAAUUAGUUGUUAAUGAUACAUUUCUUGUUUAUAUUAUUUCACGUGAAAAUAUCUAUGAAUUAUUGAUUGAAAAAUUUAUUUUAUUUGAUACCAUAUGUGAAUCAACAGUACUUAAUGGAAGUAUUUGUUCAUCACUUUAUACGAUAUUUUGGUCAAUUAGUUUUCUAUCUGAAUAUAAUAUUAAAUUAAAAUCAAAUGAUAAGUUUCUUUUAUUAGUUAAACAAAGAAUAAACUAUGAAUCAAAUGAUGAGCAUGCUUUAGUCAUACGACAAGCAGCUAAAGGAAUUCUUUUUAAUCUUGAUUGUCUACAAAUGGAUAUGUCACCAAUUGAAGAUAAUGGUAAUAGCAAUGAUGAUAAUCAAAUAAAAGUCAUGAUUUCUUAUUCACACAAGGACGACAAAAUUUGUAGAAAACUUGUUUUAGAACUUCAACAACAUUUUCAAGGUGAUAUUUGGGUAGAUUUUAUUAAAUUAUCACCACCAUAUGAAGAUGACUGGGAAGAAAUUGCUAAAGCAAUAACCGAAUGUGAUGUUAUUCUAAUGAUUGUAACAGAAAAUUAUUGUAGUUCAAAAAGUUGCCGAAGAGAAGUCGUUCAUGCUGAUAAACGUCACAAACGUAUGGUACCUAUUUAUAUAGGAACAGAUUAUACACCAGAAGAUUGGUUUGAAAUUCGUGCUGGUUCUGCAACAUGGGUGCGUUUUAGAGAUACAAAAAGUGAUGAAGAAGUUAUAGGAAUUCUUUUGGGAUUAAUUAAUGUACGAGAUAAAGUUAAACAAAAUGAUAAAAAGCUUACUGUUUCGCAUGAUUCUAAUUUCCAAAAGAAAUCAGAAAUUGAGACAAAUACAAUUAAUAAUACUCAAACUAUUGAAAUAUUAUUACCGGUGAAUGCCAAUCCAAUUGCAGAAGUUCGCAACGUACAAUUUCAAUCAAAUUCUAGCAUCUCAGACAUUAUACCUACUUCUCCAAUCGAACAAUGA